UACGCGGUGCCGUGUGCAUCACAUUUGACAACACACUCUUGGAAAGAAGGAAAAUAAUUCUAGCGUGGUCUGAACAUCAAGCUUUGGUUCUCAUUGCUGAUCCUUCAACGACCAUGGCAGUACUAAAACGAUUCUAUCAUGCUCUCACGCGCAGAAAAAAUCUGCCUGAGAGCAUGCAAGCACUUCUGGAAAAUUCGAAGAUGGCCAGGGUGUUGACCACGUUGGACCUGACGGCUCUCGGCGUCGGCAGCACCCUUGGCGUCGGCGUUUACGUGUUGGCCGGUUCGGUUUCGAAAGAGACGGCAGGUCCAGCAGUUGUUGUUUCCUUUAUAAUUGCCGCAAUCGCGUCUAUAUUUGCCGGGCUGUGUUAUGCCGAGUUCGGGGCAAGAGUUCCAAAGGCUGGAUCGGCCUAUGUGUACAGUUAUGUGUGCGUCGGCGAGUUUGUGGCUUUCAUCAUCGGCUGGAAUUUGGUGCUGGAAUAUGUCGUAGGGUCGGCGAGUGUCGUGCGAGGCCUGAGUGGCUACGUGGACAACCUCUUUAAUAAUACGAUGGCUAAGGCCUUUGAGGAUUUGUUGCCCAUAGAUGUUGAUUUUCUCUCGCCCUACAUUGAUUUCUUCGCCUUCGCACUUUCCAUUGUGUUUGCUGUCGCUCUGGCGCUCGGGGUGAAAGAGUCGUCAAACUUCAACAAUGUGUUCACCAUCGUCAAUUUGGCGGUGGUUGCGUACGUCAUCAUUUGCGGCCUCUUCAAAGUCGACAUCAAAAACUGGUCCAUUGACGUCAACGAUAUUCCUGACGAGUACAAACCAACUGCCGGAACCGGAGGGUUCGCACCGUUCGGCAUAAAUGGCAUCAUCAAAGGCGCCGCCACGUGUUUCUACGGCUUUGUCGGAUUCGAUUGUGUCGCUACAACAGGCGAGGAAGCGAAAAAUCCCCAAAAAGCCAUUCCAAUUGCCAUCGUGAUUUCCCUUGCGAUUAUCGCAUUUGCCUAUAUUGGAGUUUCAACGGUACUUACACUCAUGUGGCCGUACUACGCGCAGGACCCUGAUGCACCUUUACCUUAUGUGUUUUUCGAGAUUGGUUGGGACGUUGCUGCGUGGAUCGUCAGCAUUGGCGCUAUUUUCGGUCUUUGCGCAAGUUUGAUGGGAGCUAUGUUGCCCCUUCCUCGCGUCAUCUACGCCAUGGCCAACGAUGGAAUCAUUUUCCGCUUCCUUGGAAAGAUCCAUCCUCGAUUCCAAACACCUCUAUUGGGAACUAUAUUGGCUGGACUUUUGACAGGAUUUUUGGCCGCCGUUUUCGACUUAAAGCAGUUGGUGGACAUGAUGAGCAUUGGUACUUUGCUGGCGUACUCGAUCGUGGCCGCGUGCGUCCUCCUUUUGCGCUACCAGCCCGACGGCGAGGAAAUCGAAAUGAGCACCAAGUUCAGUCACAUCGGAUUUUUCACCCAGCUGUUCAAUCUCAAGAGGAUUAAGUCACCUUCCACGUUGUCAGCCAACAUAGUCACUUGGGGCGUCGUGACCUUGUUGGUAAUUGUGAUUGCAUGUGGCAGCGUCAUUAAGUUUGCUGAGAUUGAAAUUUUUGUGAAUGGAGAGUGGUGGGCUAUUCUUCUCUUGUCCAUAACCGGCGCCCUUUUCAUCCUCAAUGUCUUGGUUAUUGGCCUGCAGCCGUCAUCCAACGCAAAGUUAUUUUUCAGAGUCCCACUGGUGCCAGUGAUUCCCGCUUUGAGCAUUUUCAUCAACAUCUACCUCAUGUUGAUGCUCGACGAAGCGACGUGGAUCAGAUUCGCCGUGUGGAUGCUCGUCGGUUUUGUAAUUUAUUUCGCGUACGGCAUCUGGCAGAGCGAGGAAAACGUUGCGGACAAGAGAAAGCGAUCAGUGAUUUUCGCUCACACUAACUCGGCUUACGAAGAGGACGACGAGAAAAAAAGAAAGAGAUCCGACUAAGCACGCGCUGAACCUGCCUUCAAUACUUAAUUAAUAUCUUGUAAAUAUUAUAUUAAUAAAAAUUAAUAAAAUUUGCAACAAUUCUGCGUUCAUCUUU